CUCCAGGGGAAAAGUGUUGGGAGAUCUACAAAGUGGAUUUUUUUUUUUCCUCUCUUUUCUUUUUUUUCCCCUUCCCCCUGAUUUUUUACCGCUCCUCUGCAGACUUUGCAACAAAACACUCCAACUUUGCAGAAAAGUUUUUUGGUUUUUUUUUUUUUUCCUCUUUUGGUCUUUUUUUUUUUUCUUUUUCCUUUGCAAAUCUUGGAAGAGGAAAGCGGGAGAGUUGAACAGAGCCGAUCGAAACACAACUUUGCUUCAUACCAAGCUUCCCAGCAGCUCGCUGCGUCGGGAGAGACUUUUUCUCCUCCUGCAGAAGAAGAGAGAGGGAAGGGGAGCUCUGCAUCCCCUCUUCCUUCUCCUGCGUUGUUGGGGUUUUUUUGCCCUCUUGAAUGCUUUGAUGCAAUAAUAGCAGGACACUGGUUUUCAAGGAACUUUGCUCCCUUCUCAACCUGCCUCCUUCCAGUCCUUUGGGAAGUGUGUGUGUGUGUGUGUGUGUGCGCGCGUGUGUGAAAUCGCCGUCCCACCUCCCCAAACCCCCCUGCUCCCCCACUCCUCCCCUGCAACCUGUAGGCUGUGCAACCCCUGCAGGCUUCGCUCCCUUUCCCCCCUCCUUCCCUCCCCCUCUCUUUUUGCGCUCCCGCGGAUCGCCGUGCGAAUUCCCCCUUUCGAGGCUAGAAAAAGCUGAAAGGAGAAAAAGACAAAAAAAAAAAAAAAGACAAAAAAAUCAAACCUAGACGCCCCCACUCUCCUAACGCCAAAAGAAAAGCGGGAGGGUCUCGCACCCCGAGAAUAACCCUCAGAGUGGGACGCCUGCAAGCAGGGGCUGCGCUUUCCUUUUUGAAUUUUAUUUUUUAAUUUUUUUCUUUUUUCUUUUUUCUUUUUUUUUGUUUCCUUGCCCCAGAAGGGGCAAGCGGAAAACCAGCGCCGCCCACCCCCGGCAGCUCCCCGCGCCCCGUCCCGCAGCAUCCCCGCCGCGAUGCUGCUGCGGCUCCUGGUGCUGCUGGGCGCCUGCCCGGGGCUGUCGCGGUGCCUGGGCUCCUUCGUGCAGUGCGAGCCCUGCGAUGCCAAGGCGCUGUCGCUCUGCCCGCCGCCGCCGCUGGGCUGCGAGCUGGUGAAGGAGCCGGGCUGCGGCUGCUGCCUCACCUGCGCCCUGCCCGCCGGGCAACCCUGCGGCGUCUACACCGAGCGCUGCGCCCGCGGGCUGCGCUGCCUCCCGCGCCAGGGCGAGGAGAAGCCGCUGCACGCCCUCCUCCACGGCACCGCCGUCUGCCUCAGCGAGAAGAGCUACCGCGAGCAAGCCAAGGCUGAACGAGAGUCCCGAGAGCAUGAGGAGCCAACCACAUCGGAGAUGACAGAGGAGACUUACCCGCCCAAGGCCUACCGGCCCAAGCAUGGGCGCCUCUCUGAGCUCAAAGCUGAAGCCCUGAAGAAGGACCGCCGGAAGAAGCUGACCCUGGCCAAGUUUGUAGGCAUGGCCGAGAACACAGCGCACCCACGUGUCGUCAUCCCCGAGCUCCGGCAAGAGUUUGAGCUGGGCCCCUGCCGCAGGCACAUGGAGGCAUCCCUGCAGGAGCUGAAGAGCAGCCAGCGGAUGGUCCCCCGUGCUGUCCACCUCCCCAACUGCGACCGCAAGGGCUUCUACAAGAGGAAGCAGUGCAAGCCCUCCCGAGGCCGGAAGCGUGGGUUGUGUUGGUGUGUGGACAAAUACGGCAUGAAGCUGCCGGGGACUGACUACCUGAGCGGAGACCUUCAGUGCCAUGCCUUCGACAGCAGCAAUGUGGAGUGAAGUCGCAUCCCCUCCCUCCACCCCAUCACUACCUACCCAGGCUCCCUUCCACCCUCCCCUCUGCACCUCCCCACGCCCCAGGACUCCGAUUCCUUUCAUCUCAUGUAAGAAGAAAAAAAGAAAGGAAAAGAAAAAAGAGAAAGAAAGGAAAACGAAAAAAAGAGAAAGGGAAAGAAAGAAAGAAGUAAAGAAAGGAAAAACAAAAAGAGAGAAAAGAAAGUAAAAAGAAAAGAAGAAAAAAGAAAAGGAAAAGAAAACCGAAAAGGAAAAAGAGAAGAGAAGAAAAAAAGAAAAGAAAAGAAAAGAAAAGAAAAGAAAAGAAAAGAAAAGAAAAGAAAAGAAAAGAAAAGAAAAGAAAAGAAAAGAAAAGAAAAGAAAAGAAAAGAAAAGAAAAGAAAAGAAAAGAGGAGAGAAAAGAAAAGAAAAGAAAAGAAAAGAAAAGAAAAGAAAAGAAAGAAAAGAAAAGAAAAAGAGGAGAGAAAAGAAAAGAUAAAAGAAAACCCUGAAGAAACUGAGGACUCGGAAUCUAUUGCAGCCUCUUGACAAGGACUCAGUAAGGAAAGGAUAGAGCCAGAGACAAACCAGCCACAGCCUCUCUGCCGUUCCUCACCUCUCCCUAAUGCUGCCUGUGACCCUCUGCCACAAGCAGAGGUCACCCUGAUGUAGGAAGCUCUCCGAGUUGGGGAAUUUCCAGUAUGGGUUUUGGGCAGGUUCAUUUUUAAUUUUUAUUUUUUUUUUCGUGUUAGCUAGUUGAUUUCUAAAGGGUCUUGAGAGAAAACCUUGCGGCCACCAGCACUCCCCUUGCAGUCCUCCGGAGUGUCCUCUCCACACUGCUGGGAUUCACUCAAGUCAAUUUGAUUUCUGUCUCAAAUGACUGCCCCCGAUCCAGACAGAUUUCAACACAUCAGGGGGAGGCGUGAGAUUGCUGGCUUUGUGUCUGGAGAUGAGCUGGGGUGGGAAACACACAUCCUGCAACGGCACAAAUACCCCCAAAAAGUAUUUGUGGACUUCAAAAAAAAUCAUCCAAAAAGGAAAUAUAUUCUUCUCUGUCCAGUUCUUCUUGAACAGAAGGUCAGAAAUCAUUUUGGACAAGCAGGACUCUGACUGUUGUCCAUCUAGGUGUGGAAGCAUUUGUCACCUGCGUGCAUGUGUACGAGUGUGUGUGUAUGCAUUGACAUGGCUUUUCCUCCUUGCAAAACUUCACCUUGAAACCUGCAAUCUCGAGGUUUCAGUGUAAUAUGUAAUCAGGGGGAGAAAUGCUGCCCCUCCCAAAAACUGAUAAUAACCUGCUGGACUAAGCACAGGAGCAGAGUUACAGAGGAGCAUCAGUGCCUGUGGGAUCAGGGCCCCAUGAACACUGAGGGCUGCAUCCUAGCUGACCCUGCUGUUACUCUGUCACUGUCCAGACUGAAGUAUCCCUACAUGAGGACAGGGAGAUCAGGGCUAAAACUCCUCACCACACUUUGCCACCACAAAGAUGACCAGCUAUGGAGACUUUUUUUUCCACAGCCAGAAACGUGGUUUGCUCCAGGGGAAAAAAACAACCAAACCUCUACUUUGUUUGAUCAUGGUUUUUUGUUAAGGCUAGUUUAUAGCUUUCCCUGUGGGUAGGAAAAUGCCAGCCUAUAUCCUUUCACUUUGAGGAUACUGCUCAUGUUGCCACAGCUGAUUCCCACCAUCCUGCAGUAAGAUCCUAUGAUGGCCUUUAAUCUGGGACCCAGCUCCUUGUUGAGUGACAGCAGCCACCACACCACGGAGACCCACUGCCUCAGGCAUGGUGGGACAACCCUCGUCUGCCUUCCUGACUUAUUUGGUGUUUUUAACUUUUACGUUCGAUUUUGGGACUGUUGCCUCUUGCUUCUCCAUGACAAGGGUCUCCACGAUGCUGGUGCUGGGAGGAGAUCCUGCAGCGAAGGGAAGGAAGGAAAGGAAAGGGAGCGGUGGGGUGUGGGUGCUGUGGUCCCAGUGGGCAAACACACACCCACCAGGAACCACUUCCCACUGCCACAGCUGGAUCUGGCCAAAGGACACAACUAAUCUCAGGGGGACAGUUCCUGCACCCCCAAAGCCCCUUUGAGCUUCCCGAACCUUGGCAGAGAAAAAAGGAGGUCCACAGCACCACUGAGUUCCCACCAGCGGGGAUGGACAAGAGGGAUUCAGUGUCGAGAGGCUCUGGUGAAGGCUUCUCACCAUCACAGGUUGGGAGGCCUCAUAGCCUCCCAUGACAUGGCAUCACUCCCCUGAGCAGCCCCUGGGCCCCCCAUCAGGACACUUGCCCCAGUCAAGGGCAGAACUGGACACCUGCGGUUAUUUCCCUCAAAGUUACAGCAGGGGAGAACUUUGCCGAUGGACUUCCAUGGAGACCCAGCAGACCAUGUUUGGACCUGGGGACAAAGGACCUUCCCUUGUUGAAAAGAACAAAGUGUGUCACCAAAUGCAGAUCUGCCCCCCAGAAAAGCCUGCUGGAGCGGGGUAACCGCCGUGUUGCUGAAGGGGAGAAUGGCGGGUGUUGUGGCCAAGGGCGGGAGGGACCUCUCUGGGCUCUGCAAGGCUGAUGGAGCAAGGUUGAUUUAACCAGGAUGGUGGGUUAAUGGUGGGGUGAAAGUGGGGUGAAGACAGGAGGAGGAGGAGGAGCUUGUGCCAACCACAAGGGCCCCUGUCCGCUUGCUGAUCCCCGUGCAAAACCUCCUGACUGUUACAGGCCAGUACCACCUUCCCGGGGCCCUUCCUUCUCUCUUCCUCUUUCUUGCUUUUUUGUUUGUUUCUUUUGUUGUUUAAUUUCCCAAAACUUGAAAGCCUUUGGCUGCAGAGAAAGGAAACGUGCCGCCAGGGUGGGAUGGGAACAGGCAGAGGGCUGCGGCUCCCCAUGGGCCUUGUCUUUUGGGGAGGAUGCUUUUGCAGGGCGAGGGUCAGCUCACAGGGCCUUGUGGUGGUGUCAUGACAAGGCCACUACAAUGGCACUAGGAGGGGGACGCAGGAUGAUUCCCCGACCUCUCCCUGCAAAGCAAGUCUACAUGGCUCCAGGAGCCCAGAGCACCAAAAUCCAUCCCACAUAGCCUCCCUCACCACUGUGCAUCCCAUGCUGGGACAGCACUGCCUGUACUGUCCCCACCAACCUGUAGGGAGGAGGAUGGAAGUCUGGGCUGCACCACCCCUACCUCCCCACAUCACCUUGGCUCCUGGGAUGGGGCACCAAGUGACUCCCCUGGCUGCCCGCUCCCUCAAGGAUCCCCAGCAGGACGAGGCUGUUUGUAGGCUGCACUAAUAUUUAGGACUGGGGUUGGAGUUCGGGUCAGGCUGGGGAUGUGACUUCAGGAGGGGUUGGUCACCCCCUGGGUUGGCAGUGACGAAGUGCUCCCAUUUUCAGCACCCAGCAGCACCCCUUUGCAUUUAGGGUGAGAAAACCAAAAGGGGUGGAUUUGGGAGCUGGGGAAUGUGGGGGGUUGAGGCACAUGGGGAGAUGUUGGCAAUUCGUGCAUCGGGGGAGGUGUGAGGCUCAGGGGUCUCCAGCUACAGUAUCUGAGCUGAGCCCAUGCCAGUAUCUAGGAUGCAAGCUGGGAAGGAGAGGACAAGGAUGGCGCAGGGGUCAGGACAGCCCUUCCACCACAUCUGCCCAGGGAGCGGCGCUCAGCGGCUGGGCUACCCCUUGUCUGUACUGCAGUGGACUUCGAAAACCACUAGUACAAGAGCAUUUUGCACUAUUUCUCCGCUCUCUCCCCCCUUCCCUUUUUCUCCACCUUCCCCAUGGAAACUUCUUUGCUGUUGGUUUGGGGUUUUUUUUGUUGUUGUUGAUUUCUGCCCCCGCCCCCCCCGCCAUCCCCCAAAUGGAGCAUUGUAUAUUUAACGACCAACAGUUCACCUCGCUUCCAGACCCCUGUCCUGGCCCUGGCUAGGAGCCCUGCCUACUGUGCCCCUCUCCCCAGCCCCACCAGCCCCCUGCCACUGCCGCCGGGACAGACGUCACCGUGCACGUUACCCACCGUUGUAACACAGUUGUUAAAAACACACCAGAUUCCGAGUUUCCUGCCUGGUUUUUAUCUUUAAGCAAUACUCACUACACAUUUUACGGUAGCUUUUUAUAGCUUUACAUACAUACGGUAGCUCUGUUGUUUCGUUUUUGUUUUGUUUUUGUUGUUUUGGUUUUUUUCCAGUAAACAAGAAAUACUCAUAAUCUUACUGGUGGGAAAAAAAAAAAAGCAGUUUGUGAAAAACUGACAAUGGAAGAAGAGCUUAAUGCUCUGUUUAGCAUUUUGUACUUAAAAAAAAAAAAUCUCACAUUUUAUUAAAAAGUGAAGAUUGCUGUAUACUAUUUAUUCAACUUAUAAUUUAUGUUACUCUUUGAUCUUUGUCUUUUCUCAUGACAAAGCAUUUAUUUAAUAAAGUUAUGCAUUCAGUUA